CCAUGGCCCACCAAAUCACAACAACAGCUGCUUGCAUGAUGGAUCUGCGAAGAUAUCCUCUGGAUGAACAGAACUGCACACUGGAGAUUGAAAGCUAUGGUUACACCACUGAUGACAUUGAAUUUUACUGGAAUGGAGGAGAAAGCGCAGUAUCGGGGGUUAACAACAUUGAACUGCCUCAGUUUUCAAUUGUGGAUUACAAGAUGGUGUCAAAGAAGGUGGAAUUCACAACUGGGGCAUAUCCACGGUUGUCACUGAGUUUUCGGCUUAAAAGAAACAUUGGAUACUUCAUUUUGCAAACUUACAUGCCUUCAACACUGAUUACAAUUCUGUCCUGGGUAUCUUUUUGGAUCAACUAUGAUGCAUCUGCGGCCAGAGUUGCACUAGGAAUCACCACCGUGCUGACCAUGACCACCAUCAGCACUCACCUCAGGGAGACCCUGCCAAAGAUCCCCUAUGUCAAAGCAAUUGAUAUUUACCUGAUGGGAUGCUUUGUGUUUGUGUUCCUGGCACUGCUUGAAUAUGCCUUUGUAAAUUACAUAUUCUUCGGGAGAGGCCCCCAGAAAAAGGGAGCUGGGAAAACAGACCAGGGGGCUCAUGAGAAGAACAAACUGGAGAUGAAUAAAGUCCAGGUUGAUGCUCAUGGCAACAUUCUUCUUAGCACCCUGGAAAUAAGAAACGAAGCCAGUGGUUCAGAAGUGCUUACAAGUGCUAGUGACCCCAAAGCCACCAUGUAUUCCUAUGACAGUGCAAGCAUACAGUACCGAAGGCCCCCCACCAGCAGAGAGGCCUAUGGCCGAAGUGCUUUGGAUCGGCAUGCCAUUCACAACAAGGGGCGUAUUCGGAGACGAGCAUCACAGCUUAAGGUCAAGAUCCCGGAUUUGACUGAUGUGAAUUCUAUAGACAAGUGGUCAAGGAUGUUUUUUCCAGUCACUUUUUCUCUUUUUAAUGUUGUCUAUUGGCUUUACUAUGUGCACUAAAUUCUGUAAUGAUAACAUAAUUUAGAUCAUUAUCCUCCUCUAUUGUUUUUUCUAAUCUCACAGGUCCCUAGCAGCUACACUGCUAUAUUUUUAAGGUAAGAUAUUCAGCUAUCCACUUGGUUUUAGUUCCUACAUAUCAGUUUUAUUACUGUACCAUGUUUACUUCAAAUAAGAACAGUAUUUCCCCCCAGUACAUUUCGGUCCAGAUUAUUAGCUCUUUGGGAGCAGCUUUGAAAUAAUCAUUAUUUAUCAUCAUGUUUACAAAAAAAAUGACAACAACAGAAAGAGAGAUCUAGGGCAACUUUUCCUAAUAUCUCUCAAUUUGAUUUUCUCUCUCUUUUUUUA